CAAAUUGUCAAAACAAGUGUUGGCAAAACACGGGCUGCCCGUAGUUUUUCUUCAAUAAAACUCGCAAUUAAGUCUGAUUCAUAGUAAUAAAGCACCCUCAGACAUUAUCAACUAGAUCAGUGACUGAUUGACAGUGCAAAAUGGGCAGCUCGAAGAAGCACAAGCGAGACAGAGAAGUGGUGAGGCGGCACAAGAAGCGCUCUCGAUCCCGAUCAAAGACCCGCAGCAGAUCUCAGUCUCCGGAGAGACACGACCGGAAGCACUACAAGAAGCACCACCGCGAGCGUCGUCAUCGAAAGCGCAGCACUGAGAAGCAGCGCGACGACUACAAUAGCGACAGUUCUGAUGUCAUUGAGGUUCCGGUGGCUCCUCCGGCUCCCGUGAUCUCGUCCAAGAGACCCCGUUCGCCGUCCCCGAUUCCCGAUGGCGGCGCUGGCGAUUGCCUGUCCAUUGAGGAGACGAACAAGCUGAGAGCCAAGUUGGGUCUGAAGCCUCUCGAGGUGGACUCAGCGCCGCCGGCAAAGGAGAGGACGUAUGUGGAUGAGAAGGGUGAUGAGCCCGAGCUGAAGAUCCAUAAGGACGACUAUGGGGAGUUUGUUCACAAGCCGGCAUCGAACUUUGCCGAGACGAAGCAGGUGGAGAAGAUCAGGGAGAAAAUCAAGGAGCGCAAGGAGAAGCGACAGCUGGAGAACACGAUGCUGAAGGUGAAGAGCUUGGGGGCGUCAGAUGAGGAGGACGAUCUGGUGUCGUGGGUGGACAAGAGUCGGGAGAAGGAGCGACAGAAGAAGGAGGCAGAAAGUCGGGCCAAGUGGCUCGAGGAGAUGGAAGAACAGAUUGGUGGAGGUUCUCAUGCUGACCACGAAGACAGGGAAGCGCGCCCGACGUACUAUGGAUCGCGUGAUCUCAAGGGAUUGAGAGUGGAGCACGAUACGUCAGAUUUUGGUGAGGGAAAGACAAUUAUCUUGACACUGAAGGAUCAGGAUGUACUCAAUGAGGACGCAGACACGCUCGUGAAUGUGAAUUUGAUGGACACGGAGCGAUAUCGGAAGAAUGUGGAGAACAAGAAGCUGAAUCCACAGAAUUACGGAUACGAUUGCUAUGCCGAUGAAGUGGAUGAGUUCGGACAGCCACUUUCCAGGGCCAUUCUGAAGAAGUAUGACGAUGAAAUCGAUGGAGGGCAGAAGAAGAGUUUCACGCUGGGCAGAAAUUUGCAAGAAGAGCAGGAGCACAAGCGUAAAAUCCUGGAGAUCCGAUGCAAGCUGGAGCAUAAGCGUCUGGAGACGCUGAAUGAGCAGCUGAUAAAGCCGGCUACAGAUUAUUACACAGAAGCUGAAAUGGCGAAAUUCAAGAAGCCCAAGAGGAAGGUGAAGAAGUCCAAGAGGACCCUGAAAGCAGAUGAUCUCUUGCCAUUGCCCGGCGAAAUGGAGGGUACUUCGCGGGAUAUGGGCAGUAGACGUGGACAAAGCUCCUCCACAUCCAUGGACAUUGACGAUGUGCCCGAGGAGAAGGUGAAAAUAGAGCCGGAGGAUGAUGAUCUGGAGAAGAUGCUGUCCAAGGCGAGGCGGCUGAAGCAGAAGGAGUCCUUAAUUGCUAAGCCCAUCGACACGGCUCAGCUGAAGAGUGAGGUGAAGAGUGAAGCUGUGUCGGAUGAAGAGGAGGAUCGCUUUGACUUGCAGUCCAACCAGAUCACCUUGAAUGCCACGGCGGAGUUUUGUCGGACGCUGGGAGACAUUCCCACGUACGGCAUGGCGGGAAAUCGUGAGGGCAAUACGAAUGACUUGAUAGACUUCGAGAGUGAGAUGAAUGUGGAGGAGAAGGAGGAGGAGCCCGAAGAUGUGAGGGGGACGUGGAACUCUGUGAAUGCGAGUGAGUUGGAGAUGGAGGAGAACUCCCAGCCGGGGCCGGAUGAUGUGGGGGAGAUUGCGAUCCUGGAUGAGGAGCCUGAUGUGAGUGCUGGUGUGGCUGGAGCCCUGCGAUUGGCUGUGUCGAAGGGCUAUUUGGAGAGAGACGACAAGAAUCGACCGAGCAAUACGCGAAUGGCUCAUCUUCAGGCCAAGAAUUACUCCAUCGAGGACAAAACCUACGCUGAGGAUGACAAGUUCGGUCGGCGUGACAGGUAUCACAGUGGGCCGAGUUCUGACUUCAAGGAGAAGGAUGGCUUCAAGCCCAAUGUGAAGCUGGAGUACAUCGAUGACGGCGGAAGAGUGCUGAAUGCCAAGGAGGCUUUUCGCUAUCUGUCGCACAAGUUCCACGGCAAGGGGCCGGGAAAGAACAAGAUCGAGAAGCGGCUGAAGAAGAGCGAACAGGAGGGGCUGAUGAUGAAGAUGAGCUCCACGGACACCCCGCUGGGCACGUUGAAUAUGCUGCAGGCGAAGCAGAGGGAGACCAACAGUCCCUACAUUGUGCUGAGUGGGACGAAGCAGAAUCUCUCUGGCAGUAACAUUGUGAAGCACAAGUCUAAGUGAGGACUUGAAGGUGAAUACAUAAUCUUUAUUACUUGCUGAUUAGAAGUGUAGCGAGAGUAGUUAUAAACAGUACAAUUGAUGCGA